UGGACCGAAGUGUAGGAGAUAUCAUCAGGGAGAUGGAUGCGAUAGAUCGCCGAGGCAGAGAAAUUGAGACAACGGAAGACAAUGUCCAACUACGCUCUAACUACAAAAGCCCAAGAAGUCCUAGGUCUCCUGGACUUCAUCGUCAGCUAAAUACUGAAGAUGCAGGCGGCUUCGAUAACUCUCAUACUGAAGACACUGAAGUAUUUCAGCCUGUAACUUCUGUGGGAGCACACUGGAGUCAACGUUUGGUCAAAUCUCGGAAGAAAGAAGGCAGAAGUGUAAGCCGUCAAGAGUCAAAGCCAGCCUCUUUGCCAUCAGAAGGAGACAGAGGUCGUCCUCUGCGAGAUCGCUUUGCUCAUGUCCAGAGCUCUGGCUAUGGUCGACCCACGUCACCACCAUCUCGACCUCCGAGGUCUAGGUCUGCAGGGAAAUCCCCUUCAAAAAGGCAAAACUCAUCCCCUGGAGGAAGUUCUCGAAGUCGUGGCAGAGGUAGAAAAGAUUCUUCUCCGUCUUCUGACUUGCAAAGAAUCCUUGGCAGAGCUCAAGGCCAGGACCCUAACCUGGAGAGGUCAAUUGAAAUCUUCACCAAGUACAUAACACAACACCUAGCAGCGGAACAAACUAAUGAUACUGGAAACCAGCUAAAAACAGAAUGGGCCAAACGGCCUGGCCAUGAGAGAGAAGCAGCCCUCAUAGACGAAAUGAGAGAUCUCAGGGAGCAAUUGAAUGCAGAGAGGAUAAUGAAAUCCAAACUUCAAACUGAUGCAACAGGAACAGAGAAAGAGUUAAAAAAACAACUCAGUUCUCAAAAACUCAAAUAUGAAGAUGAAGUCUUCACUUUGAAACAAGAGAAUUUUGUGCUUUCUGCCAAGCUGAAAGAACUGGAGGGGGACAAGGCGUCCAAAGCAAAGAUGUCUGAAGGUUCUUCUGUCCAGGGCAGCUGUGAAGACCCCCAAGAAAGUCAAACAGCACGACUAGAGCGAGAAGUGCAGGAGCAGGAGAACUUACUAGCUGGCUACCAGGCAGAGAACAAACGUCUCUAUGAGGAGAUCAAGGGACUACAGAGCAAGGCUAAGGUUACCGAGGGCAGCAUGUUCAAGGAGAACCAGCGACUAACAUCUGAGCUCACAAAUCUGAGGCAAGAACUGGAACUGAAAAACUCUGAGCUCCAGAAUAAAGGCGUUAUUACCAGCAUGACUGUACAGCAGCAGAUAGCCACUGGCAAUGCUCAGGCGGCCAUCGGAGCUACACAGAUAUCUCACUUAGAGGGGGAGCUGGCAGAGGUUAAGCGAACACUGGAGCAACACUGCCGAGAAGUUAAACUUCUUCAACAAGAAAAGUUUGAGAUGGAGCGGCAAAUGCAAGGGCUGAUUAAAGAGCGCGAUGGAAUAGCAUUAAAGUUAAUGGAAGGUCUCACUUCUGAACAAGUGAAGGAAGUGGAGUCCAAACACAAAGAAGAAAAUGAAAAACUGCAACGUAAGCUCCGCUGGUAUGCAGAGAACCAGGAGUUACUGGAUAAGAGCAACGCUCGCAUCAGGGUCAAGGAUGAGGAGAUACACAGGCUUAAGCUGAGAUUGGAGGAUUUCAAAUCUGAGGCUGGUCGUAAACUUGAGGAAAACAAAAUUCGAUCGAAGGAAAAAGCUGCAAGUGCUAAGAAAAUUCAAGAUUUGGAAAGACAGGUGAAAGAGAUGGAGCAUGUUAUUCGAAGGCGGCAUCCAAACUCCCUGCCUGCUAUGAUGAUGGUAGCGGCCACUGUGCCGGAUCCUGUCACUGACAACAACCUGGGUAAAGGCCGCACCGCCCAGGUACUGGAAUCAAGGAUAGCUAAGUUGGAGAAGGAGCUGGAAUCGAGGGAUGAACUGGCUCAACAGGAUGUUCGAGCUGUGGAGCAGAAGUAUAACUAUCUCAAGUUGCAAUAUGAUGAAAGAAUAGCUGAUCUUGAAAGACAGCUGUCCCUGUACCGAGCUGAUGGAGCGCCUUCAGAAACAUCAGCUCUCAGGGAUCAUCCACACAGCCAUGCUCUGGCUUUGGAACGAGAGUUGGACAUGGUCAAAGACAGGAGCCGCAAACAGCUUGCUGAGACGCAGGCAGAAGUGGACAGACUCACCGCUGAGCUCAACAAAGUUAGGAAAAAUCAAGAAAAUAUGAUGAUGAAUGAAAGCCGUCAACACGAAGAGGUGUGGAAGUCACAAGUCCACUUAUUAAAGCAGGAGCUGAAGGACCGAGAGCAUGACAUACAACUGCUGCAACACACAGUGGAGAGAAUGAGGGCAAGGGCAGGAAAGCCAAAGGGAAGUCAGGGUAAGAACAGCUCCAGCCAGCAAGACUGGCCACCUUUCCCUCACGCCCCGUCCGCCAGUAAAAAUUAUCAGCCUGAUAACUUUGCUGAUGGGGACAUGACGACUUUGAUGCAAGAGAAUCAGAUGCUUAAAGCCAAAAUUGACCAGUUGCAAUUGGAGUUUGACCAGCAGCGUGUGGAGCUGAGGCGACUACUGGCAGAAACAGAGGCCGUAGCCAGGCAGAACACAGAGAGGCUGGAGAACCAGAUCGAGGUGAUGCGCUCUAGCCACCAGAAGGAGCUACAAAGACUUGUGGCUGAGCAGGCACUCCAGGUCUCCUCCUCCCGUUCCGCAGAGCUACAGAGUAAAUGUGACACUCAAGAGGUGAUGAUCCGACACCUUCAGGCUCAGCUAAAGAAAGCUGCUGGUGAAGCAGAGCAAAUGAUUGCUCUAAGACAGAAAGAGUCUCAACUCUCAACCAAAGUGAAUGAACUUCAAGAUAAGCUGAGAGAGGCCAAACUGCAGCAGACUCCAGAAAUGCGCCAUUUUGAGUCAUUAGAAGACAAACUAGCAGAAAUGGUGGAGAAACAGCGGAGACGUGAGGCGGAGCUUGACUCUGUAGUUAAGCAAAACCAGCAGUCCAGCCGUGUGGAGGUGGAGGAGGAGGUGGACAAGUGGAAGAGAGUGGUCGAGGCCAAGAACCAACAGCUUCAAGUGUUCCGGGCAGAACUUGACUCUAUCCUUGAUGUUCUGCGCACCCUUCAACGGCAAGGGGUCAAGUUGCCUGUAGGAAAUGUCUACAGCUGAUACUACGGGGAAACACUGAUGAAAAGUUCGAUGUCAUGUUGGUACUAUUUUGUUUCUAUUACGAGUGUAUGGGUCACUAAAUGGAAAAAGAGUCGAAAGCACAAAGCUAUUGUGAUUUGCCCUACUCUGUGUAAACUAAACUGACAUUAUUCCCCGCCCGAUAUUCAUUGUUACUUUAUAUAAAUUACGUAACCCAUUCUCUCUCAAUUUCAGAGUCUCUUCUCCCCCCCC